GCAAGCAUCGGGGUACUGUCCACAAGAAGCUUUGUUGAUGAGGAAAUGCUCAUUGCCGCUGAACAUGUCCUGAAAGGACACAGAACCGUACAUGGCCAGCCAAAUGUACAGUUGAGGUUAGCUUUUACUGAUACUACAGCUUCGAACAUUUUGAAAGCCUUUGACAAUCUCUGGAAUGAAGGAAUCAGAGUAUUCCUCAUAGGAGGUGAUGAUGAAGUGACUACGGUGCUGUGCCAGUAUCUAGAGAAAUCUGGCAAAUCUGCCCAUAUAUUUUCCCCAACAGCCUUCAAGACUGAUAGUCAUUGCCCUAUUCUCAACUCUUUGUAUCCUAGCCAUGGAGCCCUCAUUGCAGCGGAAAUAGCUCGAAUUAAGGAAAAUGGUAUUACAAGGGUGAUUCCUGUAGUAGGGAAAGACGAGAUGAAUUUGGUAUCCGAUUUCAUACCCAUGGGUGUGGCACAGGGACUGAAAAUAGAAGCUCCUUUCUUGGUACAAAGUCAUAACUCGUCCCUAUCAAAACUUCAACAGAUAUUACACCAAUAUCCAAGAGCAGGAGUUUGGCUUUCACUGGGUCAUGAUUUGCCUCAGCUAUUAUUAUUUAUAGGUAAAAUUCUUAAGGGGCACCUAAUCAUAGUACACUCACAUCCUAACGAACUUUCCAAACUUCUGAGAAACCCUGAAGCUCGGAGAAUAGCAGAAGUAAAUGCUAUUUGUACCACUGAAUGGGCUGGGUCAUCCGAGGUCAACACAGUUGCUCGUCGUCGUCUCUUGGCAUCUUUACAAUUGAAGGACCCUUUAGUAGGAGCACUGGCUUAUGAUGCAUCUUCCCUAGCCCUUUCUGAAGUUAUUAGACAGUACAGAAAGGAAAAUCAGCUCCUAAGGUCAGAAACAAAUGAGAUACUAUAUACAAGAAUAAUUACACCAGAGGGUACUCCAGGUGACACAAUGAUGGGCUUUGUUGUAUGGAAGAGACUGGUUUUGGAGCAACUUAUCGGAAAACAAGUUUUGCAAGAGUCUCCUUGGCUCUCAGAGGGGUUGGUAGGUGUCAGAAGUAGAGGAGGGAAGCAGUGGUCAGUGAUUCACAAAACCCACUUUCCAGUUCAUAUUGUAGAAAAAGAAGAGCUGAAAACACUGGCUGAGAAAGGGAAGUGUACAGGUGAACUUUGGGUUAAAGUUACAGCAUAUGAUCCACUUAGCCAUCGGCCAAUCACGGCUUCGUGGGACCUGUCGGCUGCUCCUGAAGUAAUGUUAUUGCCCAAUGGGUCUCCUAAUGGUUUUACCUUGCAAACUUGGUGCAAAACUAUACAAGAAACCCAGGUUCUAGAAUUUGGAUGUCAAGGAGCAACCUCACAUAAUGAAUCUCUGAUAUGUCUUACAGUGCAAGAUGGCCCAUUAAAACGUCGAUCCAUUCGUAGUACCAUAAGGAAAUAUGGUUACCCUAUCCGACGUAAAAAAUACCCAUUCCGUCGUCAAGAUCAAAAUAAUGUUGAUUCUUCCACGUCUGCUUUCAAAUCGGUAGAAAAGAUUCUGAAAGACAAGGAAUUCAAUAGUUUAAUUCCUCAAAUUGGUGGCUGUCUAGGAGCUACAGGAGGCUGUUCACUUUGCUUCUUCUACAUUCUUCUUAACGAUGUUGGCGUAAGUCCUGGAGUAUGUUAUGGUGCUUGUGCUGUAGCAGUUGGAGGUUCAUGUUCCACCUUGCUCUCAAGAGGAGUUCAAUAUCAUCUUGACCAUUCUGUGAUCUGUACGGAACUUUUCACCCAAAGUCGCAUAUCUCUUUCAUCGUAUAUGGCCGAUGCAACUUAUGGGUCUCGCCUUAGCACUACAAAUCCGAGGGCACUACACGGGUAUCGAAAGCUAGCCGCCCCUUUAGUAGCAAUCAUGCAAGUCUCUCCUGCAGUCACUUCUGUUGUGGAAGCUGUUGCACGCCCUUGGUUAAGGCACAUGGAACAUGAGGAAGGUUUGAGACCGGAAGACGAUGCCAUUGGAAGGAUAAUGACUCACGUUGGUUUACCUGUUUGUUGUGUGGUGGCUACAGUGUUAGAUCAUAUCGAUACAAUUGCUUUCGUUACUUUAGUGGCUAUUCUCAGAAAAGCAAGAACUUGAGCAUCUUGGUAAGUUGAUUUCAAGAUUACUCUAUAAAAUGACCACAUAUGUUAGUUUUAACUGUGAUUUCCUAGAUGUUAUUCUAGGAAUAUAUAUUGAUCCAAAGACAACUUCCAGCAUUCAGUGUACUGUGUCAAUUUGUGUUAUGUAUGGGUGGCAUUGGGUGUUUUGUGAGACACUGGACAUUUAUCUUAUAAUCACAAAAUAUCACAGGUAUCUUCAUGACAUAUGUCAAGUAAAAUUCUGUGUAACAAUAUAGCCAUAUGACCAGUGCCGCUAACGUCCAAUAUGCUCAGGUAAAUCAUGUGAUAUGCGUCGCAUGAGCGACCAGCUGCUGUACAAAAUAGGGCGUAGCCAGUGUUAAGGAAACGUCCUUAGGCUUGAGACAUCCAGUCUGAGCACGAAGCAACAGUUUUGCACAUGUACACAGUUUGUUCCGCUUAAGAGCGGUGCCUUUGUUCUAUAUCUUUGGGUCUCUGGUGAUUUCUACGCAACUUCAUAAUGUCAACAGCCAUUUCACACACGUCUGUCCAUGUCAUCAUAACAGCAGCAGCAGCUCAAAUAAGAACAUCAUAUCUCCGAUCCUAUGCGAGUUUUGUUUAGUGGCACCGACUGAACUCAAUCCAGAAGUGAAGCUUGUUGUCUCAUGUUGCGACAAGUUAUAUUUGCAUACAGUGUAUGUUAGGAAGAGAUUUCCUGUAGUAAUCCUUGAUUGUGUCGAUGACUUUUGCAUUCCGGAAAGCUUGUCCUUCAUUGCCGUUCAGAGAGACGUACAAUGGAUGUUCGUCUGAGGCAUUUUGCCUCGGCGGCCACCAAAUGUGGUACAUUUGUUUAUUGUUAAAUUGCUCUGUUGUUAAUAUUUCUAAAUGUUUGUAAUAUCAGUGUUCUGAGUAAGAGAACUAUACCAAAUAAUGUUACUUUCAUAUCUUUCAUGUAUGUAUGUAAAUAUUACCUAUGCAUGGGGUCACUGAUCUUAGUGAUUCGUCGAGAUGAUUUUCAGUGUAUAUAGGUUUAGAUAAGAAAUUGAACAUGAAUAUGCCUGUAUUUGUAUCUAUACGUGCAAAAUAAAUUCAUAAUUGAGAAUAUUUACCAAUGUAAAAAAAUGAAAGUUUAUUAAUGUGAACUGAUGAAUUAGUUUUGUAAGUACACGGAAUUCCUUCCGUAACUCGCAUACAUGAGCUGAACAGAUAGAAAUUUAGAAUACAGCACAUAACAAACAACUAUUCCAUGGAAAAUGUGAGAGUAGUCUCUCUCUCUCUCUCUCUCUCUCUCUCUCUCUCUCUCUCUCUCUCUCUCUCUCUCUCUCUCUCUGUCAAUCUUAUUCUCCUCAGUUAUUCCUCAACAAAAUCUCUUAUUGUGAAACCUACUUUGUGGUGUCGGAGUGCUUGGUUAUUAUUAAAAUUAGAGUUGAAUUUAAAAAUGUUGUUACUCUCAAUAAAAGAUAUAUCAAUAUAUUCGGGCUAUAGGAAUUGUCUAGACUUAUGGGAAGAGUGGAAAAGAUAAAACCUUCGUUUCAAAACACGGCAGAUUAAAAUGUUAACCAUUUAGUUAUUCUUGUAAUAGCGCAGUCGCUGUCUUCGUCGAAUUCUAAAGAUUUAGCCUUUUCAUAUCACACACCAAGUGAGCGAUUUCUUAACAUUUCUCUAUUUAAGAUAAAGAAAGAUCGUCAGAUACACCUCUUGAUUAAUGGUUAAGGUAAACCUAGGGCUCAUAUUAAAUGAACACAAUACAUAAAGCUCUAUGUCAAGCGUAGAAGAAUAUAGAUUAAUUGUUCAAAGACAGUAGAUCCCUUAAUCACCUGGGGCUGUGGACAUUACUUAAGGUUCUAUGCAGCGUCCCAUCGCCCCCAACUGCAACUCCUUUCAUUCCUUUUACUAUACUUCCGUUCAUAUUUUCUUCCUUCCGAUUCACUUUCCUCCCACCCCUAACAAUUUGAUCUCAUGGUUCCCAGCGAUUGGCCCUUGGCCUAAAUUUUACAAUCCAGCCCAGUCCUUUCUUCUUUCUUCACUAGAAACUUCUUGAGGGAGGUUAAUAAACAGUAAGGUUAAUAGAUAGUAAGCAAAAGUAAUAUUAGUCAUACUAGGCUCGCAAACCACGUAGCUUUAGACGAAAUGCUAAGAUCACGAUGUCCUAUGUUGAAUGGAAACGAAUGAAAACUUCCGUUCAUAUUUUGUAAAUACUUUGUAAAUAGUGGUUGUAUCUGUUACUGUUUGGAAAUAUUUAUAUUUUUGUUUAUUGUUUAUGUAUAUAUUGUUGUUUUACCAAUGAUUUGGUAUGUAAUCUGAAAUUUCCUCCAUACGUGACAGUCUAAAACAGGUGGGAAUUUCAUGGUAGUUGUUGUUUGUAAAUAUAUUUGUAAUGUGUCGGUUAUGAGUUUUUAUUUUUAUCUGGUUAACCAAAGUUUCUCUGUUAUCUAUUUAUGAAUUUAUUUAUCGCAAUAUUUAUGCACGUUCAUUUGCUGAAGUUAUUGUUAAAAUCUUGUACGUUUGACGUUUUAUUUAUGUGCCUUUCUUUUCUUAACAUUGUGAUUUAAUACUAAGUUUAUAUUUUUCCAUGUAAUAUUAGGGUUAUUUUCUAAGGAUCUUUAUAUUUCGCCAGCGUUUGGUUGAGUGAAAGUUUUCACUAAUUAUCCUCAAAUGAAUUGAAGUUUGUCAACAAUUUCUUUUACUUUUCAGUAACGAAUUUUGAAAGGGA